CUCAAGCAGAGGUAGUUGAAUUGGUGUGACGUGCCCAGCCAAGUUCUCAAUCCUUUUUCAAAGGGGGUUUCUUGGGACUACGCUUCCCGAGGCCUUGCUGGAGGACACCAGGUUCCAUGCAUGUUUCGCAAUUCCCGGGGGCCUACCCCCAGGUUGGGAGCCAACCAAUGAUGCAGAUGCGUCCGCCAAUGCCACAAGGCGCUUCAUACGCUGGCGGUGUGGCGGCUGGAAUAAAUUCAAUGCAGGGACCUUGCGGGUAUGCUCCGCAGGCAGCCCCGGCCCAGCUUGGCCAGAUACGCCCAGGGCAGGGAAGCUUACAGUUGGCACAACGCCCUGGCGGCUCUAGCCUUGGUAACUUCGAGGCUUUGUCACCUGCACAGACUGUCAACACCAGGGCGAUGCCCGUUGCAAGUGGCUCACGGGAGCAGGCAUUGCAGCAGCGAGUAGCGGAGUUAGAGGAUAUUCUGAAGGGCAAGGAUCAAGAGAUCAAGGAACUUCAGAGUGCGCUUUCAAAGGCUGGAAUAAAGCUUCCAUCCACUGUCAAAAAGGUCAAAGCAAGAGAAAAGAUUGGGAGUGGCGGAUUUCGUAAAGUCUCUCAAUCGCAGCCCUCUGUGCCAUACGAAGCCUUGGACCAGGACGACCUGAUUGAUCUUCGAUUGGAAGAGUUCUACAACGGAACAGGCUCAGCCAUUCCCUUUCAGAGGAUCAAUCGGGGUUUUUACCGGUUUGGGGAGACAAUUGUCGAGCUCAACAUCAUCAACCACAAGCUGAUGGCUCGAACAGAGGAUGGUUGGAACAGAAGCAAGUUUGGCCCCAUUGAAAAAUUUCUGAUGUAUUACGAGAACAUUGAGAGGGAAAAGGCUGGAAUCCCGCUAGAGUCGUGAGACGGCCUUUGGAAUCCGAAUCACUUGCGCAGUCUUUUUUGUGACCAAGUGAGUUGAAUCGGAUGGAAGUCUGAACAAAGUGCAACUUCACUCAAUGGCAAACCAUAGAUUGGGGCGCUUACAUGCCACCUUGUCAUUCAAUACUUGUUCUUUUUUUCAUUUUUUUGUGGCCUUCUGAAUCCUUUACUUUGUGCUUGCAUCAGCUUAUUCAUGUCCUUUGCUU